UCUGCUCAGCGGCUCAGACAGAUGAAAAUCACAGCCGUAACUGAAGAAAAACCUGAUUCAGCUGUAGGAAGUGAGCAGAGGAGGACUUCAGCACAUCAGCAGGACGUCACUUCUUCUUCUCUCUGCUGUGGCCCUGAUCAGGACUCUCAGGUUCCCCUGCCUUCGCCUGGCUUCAGACCCUGACGUCCAGCCAUGGGCGACUGGUCCUACCUGUCCUCGCUCUUAGACAAGGUGCAGUCCCACUCCACGGUGGUGGGGAAGAUCUGGAUGAGCGUGCUCUUCGUCUUCAGGAUCUUCGUCCUGGGAGCCGCCGCAGACAAAGUGUGGGCCGACGAGGUGUCCGAGUUCUACUGCGACUCCAAGGAGCCCGGCUGCGCGCACGCCUGCUACAACUGGAAGUUCCCCAUCUCCUUCGUCCACUACUGGGUCCUGCAGAUCAUCUUCGUGUCGACGCCCACGCUGGUGUACCUGGGCCACGCCGUGCACGUCAUCCACCGCGAGAAACGCACGCUGGAGCUGAUGAGCGACGGAGGUCUUCCCAGGAAGCCCAAGUACACGGACGACAGGGGGAAGGUGAGGAUCCGAGGCGUCCUCUUCUGCACCUACCUCACCCAGCUGGUCUUCACCAUCCUGCUGGAGGUGGGCUUCUGCGCGGGCCAGUACUUCGUCUUCGGCUCCUUCUUCGUGACGCCGUUCUUCCGCUGCGAGGUGUCCCCCUGCGCCGACUUCAGCGGCGCCCAGUGUUCGGUGUCGCGGCCCACGGAGAAGAGCAUCUUCAUCGUCUUCAUGCUGGUGGUGUCGGGCAUCUCGGUGCUCCUGAACAUCCUGGAGAUCCUCUACCUGCUCUGCAGCAGGAGGAGGGACUCCAGGAAAAAGGCCCGGGCGCAGCAGUACAGCCUCAACGGGCAGCAGGACCAGGUCUUCAGAGGGUGGAGGGGCAGCGACUUCCCCAUGGAGGCUCUGACGGCGCAGCUGCAGCAGCAGCAGCAACAGCAGUUUGACUCCAUCAGCAAAGAGAAGGACACCUGAGGGCCGGACCCAGCUGUCUGGACUCACAAAGUUCACUUCUAUAGCUGCAGAAUGUUAAAUAAAAUCAUUUGCAAUGUGCUUCCUGAGUUUAAGAAAGGAGAAAAGAUGAGGCAGGAGAUCAUCAGAGCUCCACAGUGACGGCGAAAAGUCAAAACAUGCAUUUAGAAUCUUGUAAAAUAGGAUACAUGGAGGGAAUGUCACCAGGACGCACUGUAGAAAACGCUGAUGGUUCACUCUUUGUGAACAUUCUUCACAAUUAAGUUUAGACUCCUUUUAAAAAGUGUGUGGCUUUUUCUGUUAACAGCAGGUGGAAACUGGAAUCCAUCAUUAACCCAACUGACUCUGGAAUAAACAUUUCUGGAUUAGAC